AUGGUCGCGGCGAUACAAGCGGCGGCUCAAGUGAGACCGGCACCUCAGAAUGUGGCCCCACCGGUACCACAGAACGUGGCCCCUAUGAAUGUAGGGUUACCACAACAAGGAGUGGGUAACGGAAAUUUCGGUGGAAACGGUUAUGGAAACGGAAACUGGAACGGAGGUCAAGGAAACUUCCAGAACCAAGGCCAAGGACAAGGCAACUUCCAGCCAAACAGAGGAAAUCAGAACUAUCAGCAGAAUCAAGGGUCACGAACGGAGUUUAAGUUUCAGAUGAUAGAUGGAUGGGUGGCGAACAAUGCGCAGAUGUGCCAAUACUGUAUGUAUGGCAAUCACCAGACGCAAGGAUGCAAGUUUGCGAACACACCACCAGAACAGAACCCGAAUCUGUUUGCCUUCAGAGAAUGGCAACGACUGCGCGGCCUGGGUGGUUGGCGUCAAGCAGUGGCAAAUGGAUAUGACAUCAUCGCCCAAUGGUACCAGCAUAAAGCCAGCUUCCCAAAUCAGCAAGGAAACGGAAACUAUGGGAAUGGAAACGGAAAUGGUGGCCAAGGCGGUGGCAAUCGUGGUGGCUACCGCGGCGGCUUCAGAGGGAGAAACAGAGGCUAUGGCCGCGGAAACUGGAAUGGCGGCAACCGUAACGGUGGAAACGGAUGUGGCCAAGGAAACUACCAACAGGGCGGUGGCCAAUACAAUAAUGGCGGCGGCGGACAGAAUAUGAACCCGGCCAACGAAAUUGGGCAACAACAGGGAAAUGUGCAAGGCGCUCAACAAGGAG